CUAGGGUUUCGAUCUCGCCUCUCCAACCCUCCUCCGCCGCCGCAAAGCAGACAUGGGCGUGUACACCUUCGUGUGCCGGAGCUCCGGCGACGAGUGGACGGCCAAGCAGCUCAAGGGCGACCUCGAGGCCUCCGCCGCCACCCACUACGAGCUGCAGCGCCGCCUCGUCGCCGCCGCGUCCGCCGCCGACUCGGCCGCCGGGGUCCAGUCCUCCUUCGCCAUGGUCACCCCCAGCUCCGCCGUCUUCCAGGUGAUCAUUGGUGCUGUCGGUGGCGGUGCCGCGAUUGGUGGAGGUGCUUCUGCUGGCGCCGCUGCCGGUGGAGCUGCUGCCGAGGCCCCCAAGGCCGAGGAGAAGAAGGAAGAGGAGAAGGAAGAGAGUGAAGACGACCUUGGAUUCUCCCUCUUCGAUUAGAUGUUGCUUUGCUGUAUCCUUCAAAUUUGUCAUGGUGCUCUUGCAGUAGUUUUGUUGUUCUAUGCACAUGAACCAGAGGCUUAUUAUGAACCUGCCAAAACUUGUUAAGAAAUAUUGUGUUCUGGAAUGUCUGGCCUGGCUAUAUGUGUGUUACGAUGUGGUGUUUUAUUUCA